CCUCAAACGAAAGAUGUUUGUCGUCCAAAGUGGUACACGGUGAAUCCGCAUCAGAAAUCAUGCGUUACACCAAACUACUUCUAAUCUGCAGCGUUUUGUUCACGUCGAGAGCAGGAACGCUUGCUCAAGAAGAAAUUCUUUGUGCGGAGCCAACAGAUCUUGGAAUCAUUUUAGACUCAUCCGAUACGGCUAGCAGCAAAUGGCGAGAGGUUCUGGACUUCACCACUUCUUUGGUGGACUUUUUCAACAUAGGCCGCCUAAAAAGCCAUGUUGGUUUAAUCACCUACAGCACAGAUGCACAAUUGGUUAUGGACUUCAAAACUUUUGAAGGUGACCGCCUAACUCCGGAAAAUGUGAAAGACCUCAUCGAAAAAGUAGUGCCGACCGGAGGUGACCGCUACAUUGACAAGGCGCUAAAAUUGGCGAAUGAAAGACUGUUUACUGCAGAGGCGGGAAUGAGGGUGAAUAAAAGUGACAUGAAAAAGAUUAUGAUUCUGUUAACCACUGGUAAACAAACAGGCCAACAAAGCAGUGUCAAGUCAUUACAGGAGGCGUCUGAGCCUCUGCGAAACAAAGGAAUCAAGAUUUAUGUUGUGGCAGUUGGGAAUAAGGAAGAUAUCGAUGAAGAUGAGCUGAUAGAAAUUGCAGGCGCUCGAGAAAAUGUUAUUACCGCGGAAUCAUACGACCAACUUGUAAACUUGGCAGAGGAAAUAUCCAAAGUUGCUUGUGGAAUAAAGCUUAUGGAGUAUGAUCUGGAAAACAAAACAACCAUUUUGGCGACGUGAUAGAGUGACCGCAGACCACUUGAGAAUUACUGUUAUCACACUGGGUCUGGGAA